AUGGUCGGCGUCGCCGGCCGUUCGAAGGCAUGCGGAACAUGUAAGGCACGAAGGAUCAAAUGCAGCCUCGAGCGCCCACAAUGCGCUAAUUGCAUCAAAUCGAAUCGCUUCUGCAGUGGCUACCAGCGCGAACGAGUCUUCUUCGUCAAUCAAAUCCGCCAUCCGGGGACCUUUCAUCAACAGAAGCAGCCUGAUUCGAGCAAAGCGUCCCCUUCAGAUGGAUCCUAUGAUGACAACGAGCCAGCAAGCUUGCCCGUAGAGCCGGCACCUCUAGCAAAGUGCAACAGCCCCUUCUGGAAGCGCAAACAGAAGCCCACUCAACACAGGAAAGUCCACUUCUCUCCCAGAAGCCUGACCGUCUCCUCCCCAACAUCUAUCUCCGCACUUCCGUCCCAUCGCCAACAACUCCUCGCCCUGUACCUCGACACCACCUUUCCUUGCCCCGCAAACUACGGCCCAGCUCCACUCCCAUGGAUCAACCACCUCGCCCUUCUCUCAUACUACCCUCCUUGCCUCGCCUCGGCAAUCGACGCGCUCACCCUCUCGCACCUCUCACGCCUUGCUCAGGACCGCGCUGGCACUCUCGAGCAUGUCUCAGGCACGACCCUCGCACACGCCCACGAUGGAAUGGUCUUCCGCCAACAAUCCCUCUCAGCAUACACCACCGGCCUCUGGCAUCUCCAGCGCGCCCUGUGGUCGCCAGCAGAGAUGUACGAGGACACCACACUCGCCGCAUGUCUAGUCCUCGCGCUGUACGAGCUGCUCGAGUGCCCUGCCGGAAGCCGCGUAGGCUAUCUAGCGCAUCAGAACGGUGCAGCGCGGUUGGUGCAGCUACGGGGUCCUGCAGCGCAUCGCGAAGCUUUCGCACAUUCUUUAUUCGUGGCGUUUCGGAAUGGCGGGAUCCUGAGAGCGCUGGAACAGCAUGAAGCGGGUUGCUUUUUAGCGGAGAAAGAGUGGUGCACGAUACCGUGGGAGGGGAGCGAGGGAUAUCGCAAAGGAAAGGGAGAGGAGAUUUGGGAUUUCAUUGCACUGACGCCGGAUGUUUUGGCGCAGACGGACGUGAUGCAACGGGCAAAGCCGGUCAGGAGUCUGUGUAUUGCGUUGAGCGUGCUGGAGUACUGCUGGAAGACGGAGGCGGAGUUGGAGAUGUGGUUGGAGGGCUUGAAGGAGGCUCAUGGUGGUGUUUUAUUCUGGCCGGUGCUUGUGGAUGAAGAGCAUCGGGAUAAGGAGUACGCAGAUUUGUUUCCGGUCAAGUUCGAAUUUUUGAACUUGAGCGUGGCGAUCACGCUUAUGAGCUACUGGAGCUUGUUGGUGGUGGUGUACAACGGCAUGUUCUUGCUCUAUCAGGUUCUGCAGACACUUCCGGUGGAUCGCAAAGCGGUCAAGAGCUUGGGCAAUCGAGCGCCACCAGCACUCCUGAAAGGCAUCGCGGUGGACUGCCCACCAAACUGCCCAUGUGGCGGCGAGCCGGGGGUGGAGUGCCUUGUCCGGUUCGACAUCUCGACACUGCCACCCUUGGAGCACAGAGCUGAUUUCAUGACUCCGGUGCGCAAUAUUUGCCAGUCUGUGCAAUACUGUUCCCGUCCUGAAAUGAAGAGCCUGGGGUGGUCUUGUGUCAUUACUCCACUGGGCAUAGCGGUUGAUGUCAUAAAGAACUUUCCCUGGUGGCAGCGAGAGAUGAAGUGGAUGUUAGGUGUUCUCAAAGGUAAAGCAAUAGCCUUGCCAUACCUCAAGAACUUGUGGUGGACUCAGGAUCAUCAGGGGUCGACGGAAUCGAGUGGCGAAUUUGAUGAUCUUGGGUGGUCCUCCAUCAUUGCUACGGCGGCUCGAGCGUGA